CCCCGGAGGCCGGAGGUUUAUGCUAUAAAAACUAACUUAACCACUCACUAAACGAGGGCAUGCAUGUUGGGAGGGGGGAGAGCGAAUUGUGUGGCCGGAGGGAGCGCCUUAAUUAAAAGACUAAGAGCACCCAAGUUAAUCACUGAGAUUUGAGGAGGUUAAGGCGACUACUUAUAAACCCUAAUCAAAUUCCCCAAACCCUAAGCCUCGUUUGCUCCGAAUCGUCUUCCUUUUGGACUGUCCUGUUCCUAAGUAGAAUCUGAUUUCGAAAUUUCUCAGUAAAGAUGGCUCCUGUUUGUCAAACUUGUGGCGACAUUGGUUUUGAAGAAGCACUUGUUUUUUGUGACUCUUGUAAGAUUGAGGCUAUACACCGCUAUUGUGUGGGCAUAACACCGACUCCUUUUACGGAUUACAUAACUUGGAUAUGCGAGGACUGUGAUGAGAGUGAAAUUGAGUCUGAUAGCAUAGAAGUUGACCAGACUGCUAAGCUUACACAUAUAUUGAAGAAGAGUUACAGAAAAAGGAAGAAGAAGAAGAGAAAAGGGAGCAGCAAUCACACCUGGCCGGUUUUAGCUGAGGACCAUGGGCUCCAGGAUCCUACCAGUGUUGAACCUAUGGAGGUGUCUUCUUCACCAAUUAAAGACACAUUGGAGACUAACUCUGGUACAGACCAUAACGGUGGUACCAGCAAAAGGAGUGACAGUAGCUCUUUUCGGAAAGAAGUUGAUCAGACUGAUAAGCUUCUAUAUAUAUCUAAGGAGAAUGAGAAAGAGAAGAAGAAGAAGAAGAAGAAGAAGAAGAAGAAGGAUAAGACGAACAAGGAGAAGAAGAACAACACAAUGAGCAGCAAUCCCAACCCGCUGGUUUUAGCUGCUGAGGACCAUGGUGUGCAGGAUGCCACCAGUGUUGAACCUGUGAAGGUGUCUUCUUUACCAGUUAAAGGAACAACGAAGGAGUCUAAGAAACGAAAAAGCUCAGAUAGUGGAAACCCUCAUGAAUCGUCUGGUUUAGUAAGAAAUGGAGCAUCUGCCUCGGAGGCUGAAAAGUCAUCUAGUGUUCCAGAUCAUAGCUCUUGUACCAGCAAAAGGAAUGACCGUUCUGGUCGCAAAGAAGUUGAUCAGACUGCAAAUCUUGGACAUAUCUUGGAGGAGAGUGAGAAAAAGAAGAAGAAGAAGAAGAAGAAGAAGAAGAAAAGGAGCAGCAGUCAUUCCCCGCCAGUUUUAGCUGUGGAGAACAAUGAGCUCCAUUAUGCUACCAGUGUUGAACCUGUGGAGGUGUCUUCUUCACCACCAAUUAAAGAAACAAUGGAGGCUAAGAGACAAGAAAGCUCAUGUAGCAGAAAACCUCAUGAAUUGACUGAGUUAGGUGGAAAUGGAGCGUCUGCCUCGGAGGCUGAAAAGUCAUCUAGUGUUCCAGAUUAUAGCUCUUGUACCAGCAAAAGGAAUGACUGUGGUUCUGGUCGCAAAGAAGUUGAUCAGACUUCAAAUCUUGGACAUAUCUUGGAGAAGAGUGAGAAAAAGAAGAAGAAGAAGAAGAAAAGGAGCAGCAAUCAUUCCCCGCCAGUAUUAGCUGUGGAGAACAAGGAGCUCAAUGAUGCUACCAAUGUUGAACCUGUGGAGGUGUCUUCUUUACCAAUUAAAGAAACAAUGGAGGCUAAGAGACAAGAAAUCUCAGAUGGCAGAAAACCUCAUGAAUUGACUGGGUUAGAUGGAAAUGGAGCAUCUGUCUCGGAGGCUGAAAAUUCAUCUAGUGUGCGACAUCACGAUUCUUAUACGACCAAGAAAAGAAAAUUAAGUUCUGGAAACAUACCGGUUACUGAAAAUAGACAGUUAGCUGAUGGGAAUAGUUCUUGCAAAGAAGCUGAAUUAAAUAUGCCUCAAACUUCUGAGAGGUUGACAUCUAUGCAUUGUAGAGCACAACCAAUCAAAAAACCGAUAUGGAGGGGAUUGAUGUCUGUAAAAGGAGGAACCAGCUAUAGCUUUGAUGGGAUUUCUGCUCAUCUAUCAAGCUUAGCCUGCCCUAUAGUCCAUGAAAAGGCAAGCUCAUUACGGGGCUGCCUCUCUGCUGAAAUGUUUCCCAGGAUGGAAAUAUGGCCAAAAACCUUUCUGAAGAAUGGAGGACCUAAGGACGACAGUGUUGCUCUUUUUUUCUUCCCUUCCAGUCAAAGUAAUGAUGAAAAGACUUUCUAUUCCCUUGUCGGUGAAAUGGAGAAGAAUGAUUUGGCGAUGAGAUGCCUGCUUGAUGAUGCAGAACUGCUACUUUUCACCUCUUUUAUGUUACCAGUGGAUUUUUGGUCUUUUAACUCAAAGGACUACCUGUGGGGUGUCUUCAAGCCCAGACGUACUCCUCCACAUUAGUCACUAGACUCGCUACCUUUUAACAGUCUCUGAAUUUGAGCAAGGUUAACAAACAGAUGGUUCUUGAGAAAGUAGAACUUGCAGGAUUCUCCUACAACUUUUUUGAGAGCAUAUACUUGGUGGUGUAAUUGUUGAUAGUUAGCCAGACUCUGUACAGAAUCUACUUGAGUUGGCAUCCUUGAUAGCAUAUCUUUGUCUCUUUUUGGUGAGUUUCUGCGACCGAUUA